AUGGAGCACCGUACAAAAUUGGAGUUCAGGGUCCAAGAAACUGUCAUCAUUGUCAUCUCCACGUUGCAAGCCAUCGAGAAUAGAGCUCCAGACCAGGAUGGCCCUGUCUCCUCUUCACCCAAUACCAACGGGCCACAAGAUCCAAACGAUGGUUCCACAUCCAUGACCGACUAUGGAAGAAGCACGCUCUAUCAGCGGGAGUCGGUGCGAACACGGCAAAAAGAGAGACGGCAAGCCAAACGAUCUGGAAAAAGGGUACAGAAGCACUUCAAUACUGCCGACGGAGAACAAGUGAGGACGCCAGCGACAGGCCGGGCCGCUCUAGAUGAUGCGCAGACAGAUUUCACAGGAUUCCUGAUUUUAAUCUGGAUAUUCUAUGACGAAACAGGCACCACGAGAAGAGAAAUUCCACACCAGCGCUCUGAGUUCGUCAAGACCAUGGACAGCAACUCCCUUCAAGAAACCUUGGAAAAUUACUUGAACCAAACCACUGCCAAGCUGAAAUCGCCUGCAGACAUGGAAUCAUAUUUGAAAGCCAAAUGCCGAGAAAUUGUUUUACUGCGGCGACAAAUAGCUAGGGUCUCGAGCGCUGAUAAAUAUCACCAUGACAAGUUGGGGAGACUAUACCAAGAACAAGCCCAACACGACAAACUUUCGGAAAAAUGGCGACAGAUCGAGAAUGGACCGAAAGCAAAGGCUAUAUUCCAAUUAAAAGUCGUGCUUCAUGCCAAAUCAGUCCUGCCGCAAAUUCUGGCUUCACAGAAAUCUCAUUUCAGAUCAAUCGAACAGAGAUGUGCUCGCACAGUUGAGAGACUGACCUCGAUGGAGAUUAUUGAGCAGCGUAAAAAUCUCGUGUACAAUGUGGCUCAGUAUGAAGCAUGGACAAGCACCGUCUUCCUUCUAUCUCACGCCCGUGAGGACCUCUUGAGGCAGUUGGAAGAAGCUAAGAGCGAAUUGGCGGCCUUCGACCGUGGUCUUCCCGAGCAAAGUACAUUAAAGUCCGAUGGCUCUACGGCGCGGAAAGAGAUUAGAUUUAGCCCCUCCCUGGCGAACAAGGUUAUCACGGACCCCUCGGCUAGGUCUUAA